CCCCUUUCUCGCAAGACAAAGGAGGUCGUCGUCGUCGUCGUCGUCGUCGUCGUCGCCGGUGAAAUCCCAACCGUUCCGUCCGGCCAUCGGGAGGCCGCAUCGUUCCGAGCGCGAAGCGUUUCUCUCUCGAAUUUUCCCUUUCCCGAUCGGAGGACCGGAGCCAUGGCCGGCGUCUCUCUCAAGUGCGGCGACUGCGGCGCUCUCCUGAAGUCCGUGGAGGAAGCUCAAGGGCACGCCGAGCUUACCUCUCACUCCAACUUCUCCGAGUCCACCGAGGCUGUCCUCAAUCUCGUCUGCAGCUCCUGCGGGAAGCCCUGCCGAUCCAAGACGGAAACUGAUUUGCAUACAAAGAGAACCGGGCAUACUGAAUUUGCUGAUAAAACUUUGGAGACAGCAAAACCAAUAAGUUUGGAGGUUCCAAAGGUUGCUGCAGAAUCGGCAGAUGCUCCAGAUGCAACAACUAGUAAGCAGACUGAAGAGAUGAUUGUGCCUGAGGUCAACAAAAAAAUUCUGGAAGAACUUGAAGCAAUGGGUUUCCCCACGGCACGAGCUACUCGAGCUCUUCAUUUUUCUGGCAACACCAGUGUUGAAGCUGCUAUCAAUUGGGUGGUUGAACAUGAGGAUGACCCUGAAAUCGAUCAGAUGCCUCUGGUGCCUAUUAACACCAAAGCUGAAGCUCCUAAGCCGACUCUCACGCCAGAAGAAGUUAGGCUUAAAGCACAAGAACUUAAGGAACGAGCUCGCAAGAAGAAAGAAGACGAAGAAAAGAGAAUGGAAAGAGAGAGAGAAAAGGAAAGGAUUCGAGUUGGCAAGGAACUCCUAGAGGCAAAGCGAAUUGAAGAGGAAAAUGAAAGGAAACGUUUGUUGGCUUUGCGGAAAGCUGAGAAAGAGGAAGAGAGGAGGGCUAGGGAAAAGAUUCGUCAGAAAUUGGAAGAAGACAAGGCAGAAAGAAGACGGAAAUUGGGACUGCCACCAGAAGAACCUUCAGCUGCAAAACCAUCUGCACCUGUCAUUGAGGAAAAGAAGAGCUCACUGCCUGUUAGACCUGCCACGAAGGCUGAGCAGAUGAGAGAAUGUUUGCGAUCACUCAAGCAGAAUCACAAGGAGGAUGAUGCUAAAGUGAAGAGAGCAUUCCAGACUCUGCUAACCUACAUAGGGAAUGUUGCCAAGAAUCCUAAUGAGGAAAAAUUCAGAAAGAUCAGAGCCACUAACCCAUCUUUCCAGGAGAGAGUGGGUGCAAUGAAAGGAGGCCUUGAGUUUUUGGAGCUCUGCGGGUUUGAGAAAGUUGAAGGCGGUGAAUUCCUGUUUCUGCCCAGGGACAAGGUUGACAUGGCUGUGCUGAAUUCUGCUGGUUCCGAGCUGGACUCGGCGAUUAAGAAUCCCUUCUUUGGGAUUCUCUGAGUCGAAGUUAAGUUCCUCAAUUUGUAGAAUCGUCGGAACUUUCGAUUUAAAAAGAAACUUGUCAGAGUUCAUAAGAUGGUGCUAACUUGCCUGAAUUAUUGUAUGGUUUGGGGGAGUUCGACCGGAUUUGUACCGUUUCGAGAAUGGCAUGGGAACUUAUUUGUUCAUUCCGUAAGCAAAGACAGGGUAGAUCUCUCAACCAUACUCCAAUCGGACCUGCAUAAGUUACUUUGUUUUACUUCUCAAGACAGACGCACACAUGUUGUAGUGGUGGGUGGAGGAACUGAGAUGGGACUUGUUCGACUUUAAAACCAACCACUUGAUGGAGUCCUCGUUCAGUCUAAAGAGCAAAUGCAUCUCCUUAUUAUCUCUUUUUGAUA